UAGUUUAAAACAAGCGUUUGGAACACAACCAGAAGGAUGAACGUUAAAAACGUCAGGCUAGCGGUUGGUCAGUUUUAGUCCAUUCACACGUCUUUAACCGGUUUUAAUACAUAAUGGUUGUUUUUAUAAGGAUCUCUGGCUGAAAUAUAUGACCUAAGGUCAUUUUUAAUCAUGGGGAAAUAUGAGGUUAUAGAGGUUUAAAACAAAACGCACACACGCACGAGACCUGCAGAGAGCCAGGCUAGGUGGCUAACAGAGGUGUUUAGUAAACAGAAGGUAAAAUGGCGGAUGAGGAUUUCUUGCUCGCUCUCCAGCUGCAGGAACAGUUUAAUAAUGAGCUCUCGGCUUCUGUAUGGAGCGACGACAACAGUGACAGCUAUCCCCUGAGCAAAAAGAGGAAAGUGGAGAAGUCUGAAUGGAGCGUGGGGUCAUAUUCCCGGCCUGUCCAGCCUGAAAGGCCGCUGUCUAUAGUGGACGAGUCGUGGGAGGUGCUGGACCCCAAUCCAGAUGUUCGAGCCAUGUUCCUGCAGUUUAACGAGAUGUUCUUCUGGGGGAAACUCAGCGGAGUUGAAGUCAAAUGGAGCCCUAGGAUGACACUAUGUGCAGGCGUGUGUUCGUAUGAGGGCAGAGGAGGUCUGUGUUCCAUCCGUCUCAGUGAACCUCUACUAAAACUCAGACCUCGGAAAGACCUAGUAGAGACGCUCCUUCACGAGAUGAUCCACGCCCUGCUGUUUGUCACGCAGAACAACCGAGACCGGGACGGACACGGGCCGGAGUUCUGCAAACACAUGAACCGAAUAAACCAAGCCAGCGGAACUAAAAUCUCGAUUUAUCACUCCUUCCACGACGAGGUGGACGUGUACCGGCAGCACUGGUGGCGCUGUAAUGGGCCGUGUCAGAACCGCAAGCCGUUCUUCGGCUACGUGAAGAGGGCGAUGAACCGAGCGCCAUCAGCCAGAGACCCCUGGUGGGAGGACCACCGGAGAACGUGCGGAGGAACGUACACAAAGAUCAAAGAGCCGGAGAAUUACGGGAAGAAGGGGAAGAGCGAGGAGGAGAAGAAAGACAAGAAUGCCUUGAAGAAGCCUGGGGGCAAAAUGAAACCAGCCGGAAGCACUGCAGGUUCCGGUUCUCAGGACAUCAGGAACGUCAUCCCGUUCAGCGGUAGAGGUAUCAUUCUGGGUGGCAGCACACAGCCGUCAGCAUCCACACAGAACCCGCCCAUCCAGAGUCCCACCCACUCGCCAAAACCUCAACAGCAGCCGGCUCGAACCUCACCAACUGACCUCAGAUCACCCUUCAGCAGCUCCACUGCUCUCCCUAAAAGGUCCGUCAGCAACCACAAAGCCUUCGUCAACAUCAACGGCUCUCCUGUCAGAAUCACCAAAAACAACGGCAGCUUGAUGAGACCGAAACAGACCACGGUGCAGGACCUUUUCCAGAACGCAAGCCUGAAAUCUCCCAAGAAAACGAAUCCAUCAGAACUGAAGCGAGCGUCUGAUACACCAGCAUUAGAUAGCGCUUUAAAUCUAAACCCUGCUAACACUAGCCCGGCUAAAAAGGGCUCCUCAAACACCUCGGGUUCUGCAGGGUCGCCAUUUUCCAAAUACUUCAGUAGCACUAAGAGUACCGGAACCGGAAUUCCAGGUCAGAUCAAACCAGAAAACAGCGUUCCGGGUUUCUCUUCAAGGCACUUUGGAAGCAGCAAAGGUUCUGCAGCUGUGAGCUCAGGUUCUGGUUCUGCAUCUCAGAUCAAAGCGGAAAAAACUGUUCCGAGUUCCAAUUUUAAAUCCUUCAGAAAUCCAAAAAGUUCUGGAACUGGAAUGUCAGCUCCUCCCAGCAUUCCAACCACCAGUUCGAGACUCUCGGGAAGUCCUGAGAAAUCCGGGUCCUUCGUUCAUGGGUCCAUUUCCAGAAGUCCUCACAAAGCUGCUGGAGGGAGGAAGAGAUGGCGGGAAGACCGGAAUUCCGCGCACAUUUUUGAUUUCUUCCAUCGAGUCAGCCAUUCACCCUCUUCCUCAUCCUCUACCUCCUUUUCCUCGGUCUCCAGGGAGCAUAGAGAGGAGAGAACUGGUGCUGAAGUGCCCUCUACAGGGGCAUCAGGAGUGGGUAGUUCCCUCCUCAGCUCUACUGCCCUCACUGUGAACUGCCCCGUGUGCCAGAGCAAAGUGCUGGAGUCCCAAAUCAACCAACAUCUCGACUCCUGUCUGAUGUGACGAUAAUAGAGAAGCAUCAUGGACACUUAGUACAUCUUGUGUGUGUGUGUGUGUGUUGUAAAACACUCAGGAGACAUCAAUCUCAGGUUUUAUUAUAUCUCAUUAGGUUUUAUUUAAAAACUGACAUUCGAUUCAAGCUUCAGACUGAAUCUGAAUCUUGAUUCUUUUCCUAAUUGCAAAAACAUGUUGUCUGAGUUUGGACAAGCCUGAAAACAUCUCCAAUAAAGUCAUUCAUCAGUCAGAAAUGGUGUGAGGGAAAGAAAUUUGUAAGCAUAACAAAAAAUGUGACAUAAUGAAUCAUUUCCUACAGUUGAGUCGACUCAGAAUCGAUUCAGAGUCGACUCAUUGUCUUACUGCAAUAGAGUUCACCUUGAAGUGUGAAAUCCAUUCACACGCUGAUGCUGUGAAAUUAGCUGAGACCCCCUGAGAGCCUCGUGAUCAUCACAGAGCAGGCGUCCUGAUCGGUCAGCGUUGCUGUGAUUGACAGCACUGAGCCAUUCAUUUACUGACCGUUCCCCCUGCCCUUGGACACAAUUAUAGCACUUCAGCGUUAUCGGAUUCCUCUCCAUCUUCCCUAGUCAAACAGGAGCUGGGAUAUUUCCAGAACAUCAUCAAUAAGUGUCAGCACUUGUCCAGGGCGUGAUUCAGCUCAACUCCAUCCAACAGCAUGAUCAUGUCUGUAGUGAAUCAGAGGAGAAAAUGACUCCCAGGUGACUCAAGAAUCACGUUUUUUUUGUUUGUUUUUUUUUCCAGGUGUGACUUUUCAGCGUCAGAGAAGAAUACGUGGUUCGUGACUCACGUCAGAGAUGGUUUAAGUGUUAUUAACAAGCUUCGGAUUCAGACGUUAUGACCGCGGUGUUGGUGUUUCCAUGUUUCAUGGUCAGUUUGUACAAAUAUCCAGCUUAAGUCUGGACGCUGCUAAUUGUUAACAAUUUUAAUAGCUGCUUUAAAAAAAAAAAAACAGCCUGCUACUCUGUUUACACUUUUUAGAUUUUUUUUGUAUCAAGUUUGAAUAAAUAUUUCCUCCAACUCUA